AUGAAGGGCCCGUGUGAGACAGCCAUGGUCAAGUUCCUGCUAUUGCUGAUGUUGGGGCUUGCCAUCCUGAGGGGGGUAGCAGCUCGGAAGAACCCCAAAACAGGGCCUCCUGCCCUCCAGAAGACUGGGAAUUGCCCUCCUCUGGGGGAGGACAAGAGUGUGAGAGUUGACAUUCGCAUCUUCAAUCAAAACCAGGGUAUCUCUGUCUCACGUGAUUUCCAGAACCGCUCCAGCUCCCCAUGGGAUUACAACAUCACCCGCGACCCCCACCGGUUCCCCUCAGAGAUUGCUGAGGCUCAGUGCAGAUAUUCAGGCUGCAUCAAUGCCCAGGGACAGGAAGACAGCUCCAUGAACUCCGUUGCCAUCCAGCAGGAAAUCCUGGUCCUUCGGAGGGAGCCCCAGGGCUGUUCUAAUUCCUUCAGGUUGGAGAAGAUGCUGGUGAAAGUUGGCUGCACCUGCGUCACUCCCAUCAUCCACCACGCGUCCUGA